GCUUUCUCCGGUUUUUCCACGCAAUUUCAGCUGUAUAGGGAGGUGUUUAAUUCCAAGUUUUUCGGGUUUUCCUCGUCCCCACGGGUCGGCACGGAUUUGCUUCAGACUCGAAGUGAAAGAUCCGGUCCACCCCAACUCAGUCCGAUAGUCGUUUGUUUCUUUGUUUUUGUUGCCGCCGGGGUUUCUUCUUUAUAAAGAAGAACACUUCGCCGUCGCUGUUUUUGCUCUCUUGUCGGGGAUUUCCCGUGCUGUCGCUCGGCGUCAGCCGUUCGAACGCCUUUCCCCCCACGGAGAAACGGCUGUCUUCCCACUGUGAGUUUCGGGUUUGAAAACCCGUUUCUAAAAGACAAAGCCCCUUUCUGCUUUCACGUGUGGUGUUUUUCAUUUCUUUGCUGCCUUGGCUCCUUUCCGACGCUCCUUUAGAUUGAGACCUGAGUCGUGGUAUUGACUUCUCUCCCUGUUCCACCUGAGAUUCUCUGUUGACCAUGGCCCAGACGCCUUUCUCGUGUUAGAGAAUUUCGCGUCUAUCAGACGGACGAACAAUCAGGUUUCUCUGAGAGUUUCCGCAGUGGCAAGAUGGGGAAAAAGCGAAGGAAGCACGACGGCUCCGGCAGCAGCCGAUCCCCUUCCCCGGACAGGAUAAGGGAAGCGCGAAAUCCAAGCCAAGCUGAAGUGGCGGGUUUCAGAGCGCCUCCGUCUGGGAAGCCGGCGAUGACCGUGAAGCAGCUGCGAGAGGAGAGACAGAAGCUUCUGCACGAACACUUUGGAUACAGCAACACGAACAAUCCGUUCGGAGAUCGGUUGCUUGCUGAACCUUUUGUGUGGAAGAAAAAAAAUCAACUCCUCCAAGCUGCAGGGCAAAAGGGGAAGACUACAGUGGCUGCUCUCAUCCACAGCUCGAAGAGCAAAGUUCAAGAAAUCGAGAAUGUGAAGCGUCGUCGUGAAGAGCGAGAGAAGGAAGAGGAGUUGAUGCAGCAGCAGCGGGAAGAGCUGCAGAGAGAGAAGGAACGAGAGCACUAUGAGGAGUACGCACAGAAAGAGGAACUUUUCCAUCGCUCGAAUCAACUGAAGAAAACUGAAAUUCGCUUGGAGCAAAACCGUGCUCAGCUAAUCGAUUUGAUCGUCAAGGGGCUGCGAAUCAUCAAAGGAGAACGGUUCGAGAAAAUGGAUGUUCUCCCCGGCCCGCCUCAUGAGGUUCUUGAAACCUACAAAAAUGAACCGGUGACGGUUGCGAUGUUGGAGGAUUUGAUUGCGGACGUGAAGUUGCACAUCGACGUGGACACGACGGUUGUCGACGCAGAUUUCCAGGAUUUCUGGAAGAGUUUAUUGGUCUUGGCGCGCGAGGCGCUGGAACGCGCCAAGAAGCGGAAAGAUGUGCUGGACCAGCUAGCGAGAAACAGUUCGCCGCAGAUGGCUGCUGAAGCUGCAGCGCAACUUGCAGACACCGUCUGUCCGCAAAUUCGCGACGCAGACACAGGAAUCGUUUUGAGUGUCGCUCACGAAGUCGAAGGACUUCUGGGAGGGAAGUCCGCCGCUGAACUCGAUGAGUUGGAGGCGCAAAUUCGGUCCAAGUUCGAGGAGGAGGACAUCGAUGUCGCCUACUGGGAAGGCAUCCUCAACAAGAUCCCGUCCUUCCGAGCUCGCGCCGUAUGCCUGCAGACGUGGCAUAUGAUGACGCAGUCUGCCGCGGAUGCUGAGCGCGAGAUGGCGAGAGAAAAGGCUCUCAAGGAAGAAGAAGAAGCGAAAGCAGCUCGGGCAAAGGGCGAAGAACUUGAAGGACUUUUGCUCGAGGAGGCAGAUGCGCGGAAGCUCGCUCGUGCGCAGCAGAUCAAACAAGAUGCGAUCAAGGUUGCUCGCAGUGUGGAGAAAGACGUGAAUCCGAACGCGGACGGAUCUUUUUCGCCAGAGCUGGAGCCAUACGACGAAGGCGAGGUGCCCCCGCCAGUGCGCGGUCCGUACAGCCCGCAGUUGUGGCCGUUUGACGAAUUCCGACACGCGGAGAUCCUGGCGCCCGACGACGACGAAGACCGUCGCGCAAACUUGAAGAAGACCUUAAUUCAGAAGGAACGGCUGAAACGUGCGGGUCUCGAAGAGGAUCCCGAGCCGACUCCGGAAGCUGCAGAAAAUGACGCUUCUCUCGAUGUCCUCGACCCUGCUGCGAAGGUCACGACCUACGAGGAGUUCGUCAAAAAGGAGAAAAAGAACCUCGAGGCCGACGAAGAAGUCAUGGCCUCUUCUUCAGAGCACAAAUUGACGAUGCACUACACGUGGGAGGAGAAGUACCGACCUCGAAAGCCGCGGUUCUUCAAUCGCGUGAAAACGGGAUACAGCUGGAACAAGUACAACACGACACAUUACGACCACGACAACCCGCCUCCGAAGGUUGUUCAGGGCUACAAAUUCAACAUUUUUUAUCCGGAUUUGAUCGACAAGACAAAGGCGCCGACAUGGUUUCUCGAGCCGUCCGACACGCCCGAUACGGUGAUCAUUCGCUUCCACGCUGGUCCCCCGUACGAGGACAUUGCGUUCAAGAUUCUGAAUCAAGAGUGGCAACUUGAGCGGUUCCGAGGAUUCCGAAACGUUUUUGAUCGAGGCAUCAUGCAGCUCUACUUCUCCUUCAAACGCUACAUCUACCGCCGAUGAACGGAGACACGUCUCUUUUCGAUACGUACACUUGAAUCUCUCUGGAAGCGAGAGACGUGGACGUUCUUACCGACUCCAAAUAUAUAUACAUAAUAUGUAUAUAUGUGUACAGGCAGAGGAAGUGAGGAUACAUACACAGUUAUUGGCAUAGGUGUAUGUGUGGUGUUACCUCCGUUCCUGUGUGUAUACAAAUGGUCAGGGAAUAUCUGCAGGUUAGGGGUCGGCUGGCGUUUGUGCGACGGCCGGUUCCAGAGUGUGAUCUUUUGAAAAAGUGAGAACGCUGUGCGCCAGUGUCGUUCAGCCACCCGAGGCGCAGCGUCGCUGCCAGAGUAAAGGCGCUCUGCGCUUUCCUGAGAGAAGCCGGCGUACACCCAGUUCUGUGGCAGCAUUCAUGUGGUCCUUGUGUAACGCAAGCACAGGGGCAUGUUUCUUAUACGUGUAUGCAUGUGUGUGCUGGAGGGGCAAGUGUUGAGGCAGUGCUUAGAGGACCCCGAGGUACAGGGAAAGGAUCAUCUGGAUGGGAUAUGCGGUUUUUUAUGUGUCGGUGUGGAUGCAGAAACGUUUUCUCUUGUCUUUCAACUUUUAAAGAAUGGAAACUCCGGGUACGCACGCGGGUG